AUGCUCUUGUACUUAAACGGCGGCAGUGCCUGGCUUCCAUGCGUGCCAAGUAAUUACUCUUCAACAAUGUCAACGGCCGCAUUCUUAUUGCCGGCGUUGCUCCUACUGCCGUCGUUGUUGGCAGCCACCGCAACCGCGGAGGGCCGCACCAUCACCGUGUCACCGACAUGUCAGGGUAGCUGUGGCGGCGUUGACAUCCCUUACCCCUUCGGCAUCGGCGCCGGCUGCUUCCGCAAGGGCUUCGAGAUCAACUGCACAGACGCCGGCGUGCCGCUCCUCACCAACACGUCCAUCCAGGUGGUCAACCUCUCCGUCGAUCCACCCGAGUCACGGGUGCUGCUUCCCAUUAGGUGGCAGUGCUAUCAAGUGAACGACUCCGACGUUAAUAAAGUGGUACGCAAUAUGAAUGACACGAGCUUCUUCAACCCCGAGAAGAACGUACCUAUAGACGGCGUAUACCGCAUCUCCAACAAGCACAACGUGCUCUUCGUCCUCGGCUGCGCCACCAUCGGCAUCGUGAUGACCUUCAAGGGCCAAACACUGGCCUACUCCUCCGGGUGCAUGUCCUUCUGCCGCAGUGCCACUGCAGCACAGGACGGCCAGUGCGCCGGCGCCGGAUGCUGCAAGGUAGCCAUCCAGCCGGAGGUCACGAGCGUCGUGUUCGAGUUCCCCAACAUCAGGAAAGAGAUGCCACAAAUGCUCAACUACAGCCCAUGCGACUAUGCCUUCAUCGUCGACGAGGACAACUACACCUUCCAGAGCUCCGACCUGCGGCACAUGGACAGAACCCGGACCAUGCCGGCGCGCCUUGACUGGGCUAUCCGCGAAAUGCCGUCCUGCGCCGACGCCAAGGACGCGGCAGAUCAGUACGCUUGCAAGAGCAAUCACAGCGAGUGCGUUAACUCCACCAAUGGGACUGGCUAUGCCUGCAAGUGCUCCCAAGGCUACGAGGGCAACCCAUACCUUGUCGGAGAAAGCGGAUGCGCCGAUAUCAAUGAAUGCAACGAUCCAGGGAAGUAUCCUUGCUUGCAGCCGGGAGAAUGUGCGAACAACGAAGGAUCUUAUGACUGCCCCUGUCCUCCGGGUUAUCGUAACCAUGACGCCAAAAUAGAAAAGUGUACCUUACUUCCUUCAAGUUUCCCACUGGCAGCAAAGAUCUCCAUAGGUAUCAUUUCGGGCUCCUCCUUAUUACUUGUUGCUCUACUUUCGAAGCUACUAAGGCUCCAAAGGAGAAGAACGAAGGGCUUGUUUAAGAAGAAUGGAGGUUUGGUCCUUCGAGAUGUGAGAACUUUAAAUAUCUUCACAAAGAAGGAGAUAAACAAAAUCACCAAGAACCAAUCAGAGGUCCUUGGUAAAGGGUGCUUUGGCAAAGUAUACAAAGGGAUUCUUCCAGAUGGUACGACAGUGGCAGUAAAAACCUCCAUCAAGAUAAACAAAGUUCGAAAGGAGGAAUUUACCAAGGAAGUGGAAAUCCAGUCACAGAUGAUCCACAAGAACAUCAUCAAACUCAUCGGCUGCUGCUUGGAGGUGGAUGUUCCAAUGUUGGUGUAUGAGUUCGCUGCUAAUGGGAGUCUGCAAGACAUUCUCCAUGGUAACACUCGCCUCUCUAAUUUCCCACUAGACCUGCGACUGGAUAUUGCAAUUGAUGCUGCAGAAGGGUUAUCUUAUAUGCACUCAUCAACAAGUCGUACCAUCCGGCAUGGGGAUGUCAAGCCAGCCAACAUACUUUUAGAUGAAAAGUACAUGCCAAAAAUCUCGGAUUUCGGGACAUCAAAGUUUCUUACAAAGGACAAAAAUCACACCGGGCUUGUUGUAGGCAGCAUGGAAUAUAUAGACCCGAUGUUCCGUGAAACGGGACAAUUAACACAGAAGAGUGAUGUUUACAACUUUGGAGUUGUACUCUUGGAACUCAUCACCAGAAAGCCAAUUGUGUAUGAUGGAAAUCAUAGGCUCAUAGUUGACUUCUGUGAUGUUUAUAAGAAAGAAAACAGUGGAGAGGCAAUGUUUGACAAAGAUAUUGCAACUGAAGAAGAUACUUACAUACUGGAAGAGAUUGGCAGACUGGCUGUAAAGUGUUUAGCAAAUGUUGUAGAAGAUCGUCCAGAGAUGAAGGAGGUAGCAGAACGACUUGCCAUGCUUAGAAGAGCUAGGAAAACUGGGAACAUAAACAACAAAAGCCCCAAUUACUUUGAGGAAAUUUAA